CCGCCCGGGUGCUCCUCCUUCCACCCCCGGGCGCCCGCGGCGAUGUUUAACCGCGCGGUGAGCCGGCUGAGCAGGAAGCGGCCGCCGUCAGAAACUGGAAACCAGUGGCCAUCUGUUGUUUAGUCCACUCAAAAGAGGAUGUUGAGGCUUGUUUUUCCUUCGGACCCAAGGGUGCUCGGGAGCCCUGCAGCCCCCCCCACCCCCGCCUGUCUCACACAAGACGUCUCUGAGAAGACAGCGGAUUUCUGGGCUGCGAGGACCUCCCCAGUGGACCCCAGGGCAUGGAACACAUCCACGACAGUGAUGGGAGUUCCAGCAGUGGCCACCAGAACCCCAAGAGCACAGCCAAGUGGGCAGCCUCUCUGGAGAAUCUGCUUGAAGACCCAGAAGGCGUGAAAAGAUUUAGGGAAUUUUUAAAAAAGGAAUUCAGUGAAGAAAAUGUGUUAUUUUGGCUUGCAUGUGAAGAUUUCAAGAAAACACAAGAUAAGAAGCAGAUGCAGGGAAAGGCAAAGGAGAUCUACAUGACCUUUCUGUCCAGCAAGGCCUCAUCACAAGUCAACGUUGAGGGGCAGUCCCGGCUCAAUGAGAAGAUACUGGAAGAACCACACCCACUGAUGUUCCAGAAACUCCAGGACCAGAUCUUCAACCUCAUGAAGUACGACAGCUACAGCCGCUUCUUGAAGUCUGACUUGUUUUUGAAACACAAGCGAACCGAGGAAGAGGAAGAAGAUCCACCCGAUGCUCAAACUGCAGCUAAAAGAGCUUCGAGAAUUUAUAACACAUGAGCCCCAAAAGAGCUGGCGGGACUGGCAGCUUUCAGAAGUGAAGGAACUCCCCCUCAGGACCAUGUGGGGUUUUAAUUGCUUUGUUAUCUGCAAGGACCGAAAUGUACAAAACCCCUCCAUGGGAUAUGUGUAUUUUAUUAACUGCUUGACCAGUAAGUUUUGCAUGAUGGCUAAUCUUACAUAAAAAAACAAAUAGCUUUGAA